AUGGUGAAAUCUUGUCGCACAGUGGCCCUCUCUUGUAGUCAAGGAAUCCAGGAACAGGUUGAUCAAACGGUCCUAAGUCCUAACGGUGUUUUUCAGAUUCCUGUUCUAACGCAUCGCUUUGAGACAAUCCAGACCCUGGCCUACACAACAUCAAGAACUAUGGUCAAUUCAAUGGUGCGAUCAAUGGCAGAAGAGGUGAAGACUCAGAUUCAGGAAGCGAUGCAAGAGCUACCGAUGCAAGCCUUAUUUGAUAGAUCAGAUGAAGUGAGGAUUCCGAUGCCCGCCUUUCAAGACUUGGAGAAUGAUUAUUGCCCUCUCCUCUUCUUUCUCUCACCGGCAAGCGCGAAGCACGGCCACUGGCUCAGUGUACGUCCCACCGAUGGUCUCUUGAUCGGCAAAGUGGAGGAUGCUGGCGAAGACGAGACCCGGCAGUUGAUCGUCGAGGUGCUCUAUCCAGAGGCAAAGAAAGGUAGUGUUCAGUUCACUGUGAAAGAUGCUCCACCCCACUGGGAACAUCGCACCAAUAAAGUCAUCGCUCGUGUGAAUGAGCUGAGGGUGCCAAACUGUCCCUUGUGGGAAAACUUCCGUGCCAUUUUGGAGCAGCCAUUGAAUGAUCUUCGAAGACCCAAGGGAAAUCAAUUUGGAAAGUGGCUUCAAAGCAUGGAGACAUUGCUGCGCAUGCUCCGCAGCCUACCCAGCGCCAACCUCGUUAAGGACUCCGCAAACACCGGUGACAAAAAGAACACGAGGUGGAGGACUGGAUAG